AUGUCGGCGCAGCGCGAAUCCCUGCGAGGUUGGAGUUUGGGUUCUUCGGCGGCGGUGGUGCUCAACGGAGCGGCGAGCGCGGUGCCGGCCAGGAGGGCGACCAUGAGCUGGCCAAUGGUGGUGAAGGAGACCUGCAUCUUGGCGAGUUUUGAACGCCUCGGCACCUGCAAUAAGCUUCCACGGCACGACGGCGACACCCAGGAUUGCGCAGAGGAUCUGCCCCCUCUUGAUGGUGAGCCACCUGGGGAAGAGCCCCGUCAUGUCUGCACCAAAGGGGAUGGAGUUGCAGCCGAGGUUGGUAGCAAACACGGCAAACAGGAAACUGAGCGAGACGAAGAAGACGCCGGCGCGUCCGCCGGGGGUCCAGUAGUGAUCCAGAAUGGCGUCCAGCAGGUCCCAGGGGUUCCAGUAGGCCUCUCCCCACUUGCCCUGGAUGGAGGUGGUGGAGGCGAGGCCGAGGAAGAAGACGAGGACCUGGCCGAAGAAGACGCAGAGGCCCUGCAGCAGGCCGGCGUCGCGCGGCUUCUGGACGUAGCGGGCCAGGUCGGGCUGGUUGACCAGCAUGGGCGACAGCGAGCCCAUGAUGACGUUGAUGCCGCUCAUGAGGGCCCAGCCGAGCGGGGUGCUGGAGGCGGCCUCCUGGCCGUCGGCGUUGGCCUUGUUGAUGUCGGCCACGCCGGUGCCGCUGGCCAUGCACCAGCCGAACAGGCCGAGGCAGGCGACGGGCAUGACGACGCCCUUGACGGUGAAGAUGUAGUGGAUCCUGGUCGGGUGCACCCAGGUGAAGGGGAACUUGAGCAGCCAGACCAGGAAGAAGGCGAGGAGCUGCUUGGAGGUGACGUCGGCGUCGGCGGGGAGCCUGUUGGGCCACAGGUGCCACGCGUCGCCGAAUAUGCAGCGGAAGCACACGCUGAGGAGGUUGCCGCCGUAAAAGGUCUGGAUGCCGAACCAGACGAUGCAGACCACGGCGCGGAUGAAGACGAAGAAGUAGGCUCCGUACAUGCCGACGACGGAACGCGCGAGGACGGGACUGAAGGAGAAGCUAGCUUUUGGAGUUGGAACCACACUUACUAUCCAAUGUGGUAUUUUGCACCUGGACGAGCCAUGGCCACCACGACAAUGGACGCCAACAGAGCACCGAGGAUGCACGAGAUAAAGGCCUGCUGCCAGGUCAGGCCGACGACGAUGAGCGAGGCGGCCACGUUCCACCCCGUGAUGCCAAACAUGGUGGAGAACCAGUACAUUGGCAGGUUGAACCAAGUCCAGGUUCUCUGCUCCGGCGGCGUCGGCUCCAGGUCCAUGUUUGACCAGCCCGGGUCGCCGAUGGGGGGCCGUCCAUCUUCGGUGCCGACGGGGGCCUCCAGCCACGAGACAAAUGUUUCCUUGGACUGGAAGGGAGCCUUGACGGCCGUGAGGCUCGGUGUUGUGAUCCGAGCCAUUUGCCGUGUGGAGGAUUUGUUCAUGCAAUAG